GCCGCAUCGGUCGCCAUUAUGCUUGCAAAAUCCGUCCGCCGCUUCUCGUCCGCGGCGGUGCCACUCAAAACCGAACGCAUGAACAUGUUCACAGCGUUGAAUGAUGCCAUGCGCGUUGCCAUGGAAACAGACCCGACGGCCGCCGUCUUUGGGGAAGAUGUCGCGUUCGGCGGCGUGUUUCGAUGCACCGUCGAUCUCCGCGAGCAGUUUGGCGAAGACCGGGUAUUCAACUCGCCGUUAUGCGAGCAAGGUAUUGCCGGCUUUGCCAUCGGGUACGCCUCCGUCGGGCGCACUGCCAUCGCCGAAAUUCAGUUCGCCGAUUACAUCUUCCCUGCGUUUGACCAGAUCGUGAACGAAGCCGCCAAGUUUCGGUACCGAUCCGGCAACCAGUGGGACUGUGGCAAGCUAACGUUCCGCGCGCCGUACGGUGCUGUCGGCCACGGAGCGCAUUACCAUUCCCAGUCGCCAGAAGCGUACUUUGCCCACACCCCCGGUCUCAAGGUCGUCAUUCCUCGCAACCCCGUGCAAGCCAAGGGGCUGCUGUUGGCGUCGAUUCGAGACCCCAACCCGGUCGUGUUCUUCGAACCCAAAGCAUUGUACCGCGCGUCCGUGGCGGAGGUGCCCGUCGGUGACUUCACCGUCCCCCUCGGGCAGGCCGACAUUGUCCGGUCGGGCUCGGACGUCACCAUCGUGGGAUGGGGAGCACAGAUGCGUGUCUUGGAGGAGACAUGCGACAUGGCGGAAGAAGCCGGCGUGAGCUGCGAACUGAUUGAUCUGCAAACGAUCUUGCCGUGGGAUGUCGACACCAUCGAGCAGUCUGUACGCAAGACCGGGCGGCUGAUCGUGUCACAUGAAGCGCCGCGCACGGGGGGAUUCGCAGGGGAAAUCGCGUCUACAAUCCAAGAGCGAUGCUUCUUGAGCCUGGAGGCGCCCAUCCUUCGAGUCACGGGCUACGACACACCCUUCCCGUUGGCCCAUGAAAAGUUUUACCUUCCGGAUGCACUCAAGAACUUUGAAGCGAUCAAGAAGAUCGUGAAUUAUUAAACGGGGUGGCACCACCGUAUUCUCCAAAACACGUCUAGACUACUACUAGUACUACUACCACUUGUCCUAGUACACAAGUACUACUACUAGUACUACUCGUA